UUUAUACCUGAUCCCUUCAACACCUCAUGCAUGGAAUCAAGAAACUAUACACGUGUUUCAGAAUUCUUCCUGCUGGGACUCUCAGACGAGGCAGAACUGCAGCCUCUCCUCUUUGGGCUGUUCCUAUCCAUGUACAUGGUCACUUUCAUUGGGAACCUUUUGAUUAUCCUGGUCAUUCUCACUGACUCCCACCUCCACACACCCAUGUACUUCUUCCUCUCCAACCUCUCCUUUGCUGACAUCUGUUUCACCUCCACCACUGUCCCAAAGAUGCUGCUGAACAUCCAGAUACAGAGCAAAGCUAUAACCUAUGAAGGAUGCCUUGGCCAGAUGUACUUUUUCAUGCUUUUUGGAUUAUUAGACAACUUUCUUUUGACAGUGAUGGCCUAUGACCGGUUUGUGGCCAUCUGUCACCCCCUCCACUAUACUGUCAUCAUGAAUCCUAAGUUCUGUGGCCUCCUGCUUCUGGUAUGCUGGUUAUUGGCUUUUCUGGACUCUCUAUUACAUGAUUUGAUAGUUUGGCAACUAUCUUUUUGUGCUGAGUUGAACAUUCCCCACUUUUUCUGUGAACUUAAUCAGGUCGUCCAACUUGCUUGUUCUGACACCUUCCUCGUUGACUUAGUCAUGUAUUUGGCAACUGUAGUUCUCGUUAUUAUUCCACCCACUGGUAUCUUUUAUUCUUAUUCAAAGAUUGUAUCUUCCAUCUUGAGAAUUUCAUCGGCUAGUGGCAAGUAUAAAGCCUUUUCCACUUGUGGGUCUCACCUCUCUGUCGUUUCCUUGUUCUACGGUACUAGCUUCGGAGUAUAUCUUAGUUCUGCCAUUACCCAAAACUCCAGGGCCAGUGCAAUCGCCUCAGUGAUGUACACUGUAGUCACACCCAUGCUGAACCCCUUUAUCUACAGUCUGAGAAACAAGGACAUAAAACAAGCCGUGAAAAAGUUUUUCAACUGA